CUAUUAGAACGAACCAUUGCCAUUGGGAGAGGGUGGUAAAAUUCUCGUAUUAGACCAUUAAAAAGGAAGAGAGUCCCAUAUAGAUGGUUUUAUAGAGCAUUUAAACUUGAACAGAAAUACUUAAAAUACCAUUUAAGAGCAGUCAGGUGAUUUCCCUUCUGUGUGCUCCCCCCACAGAUGCUCAUGGUGCUGACUCUAGCGAGGCCCGGCUCCACCGACGGCAGCUGAAUUGAGUCAAUUUCAGUCAUGCAGGUUGUAAGAAACACGGGAGCGUGGCUCCUGCGAUCUUGGUCUGGACCUGGGUUGACCAGGCUUGUGGCCAUUGCUCCGGCUCAGACUAUCCACACCGGAGUCCCGAGGUUAGAAGACGCGGCUGCCAAGCAGGAAGUUGAAAAGCAAGCGGCUCCGAGCCGCUUCAGCAUUUACCCUCCAGCUCCUGGACAGGAAAGCUCUCUGCGGUGGGCGGGGAUGAGAUUUGAGGAGGUCCCAGUUGCACACAUUAAAGCAACCCACAACAACACACAGAUCCAGGUAGUAUCUGCCGCUAACGUGCCCCUGGCCCGCGCCUCCUGUGGCACAGAAGGCUUUCGCAAUGCUAAGAAGGGCACCGGCAUCGCAGCACAGACAGCGGGCAUAGCAGCAGCGGCAAAAGCCACAGGAAAGGGAGUGACCCACAUCAGAGUUGUAGUGAAAGGCAUGGGACCAGGACGCUGGCUUCUUGAGUGCCUGCUCUGUACCAGCCCUGGGAAUGGAAAAGUAGUACCAUCACAGACAUCCUCAGCACAGACUAGUGAAUGCAAUGGAGAUUUGUAGACCGAGGCACUGGGGCCGUCAGGGGGACCUACGACACUGGGAACACUGGGGCUAGGAGGCGACAUCUCUCCGACUUUACAAGAAUGAGGCAUUGGGGUAUGAGUGUGUGUAUCCGAGAAAAGAAGAUGCUCAUGUAAGGCUGCUGGAGAGCAGGGGUCAAGCCUCUGCUGAGAUGGUAAAGCACAAGGUGGAGGCAGCAGGGGCUAGAAUUGUAGAUUACCAGCCAGUGACCUGCCCUCCCUCUUGGACCCCUAUCCGGAGAUGCUGGGUCAUCAUCAUUUUGGAAACCAUACCAUUCGCC